CUGUGGGUGUCACCUUGCGGUCAGUGCUGCGACAAAACAGCCUAAAUAGGUCACAACUGUCAUCUAAAACCACUGGUUAGAGGCCAUUGAUCAAUAUAAUUGAUCAAAUAAAAUACAAUUCUGUUGUUAAAACACAAGUGUUCCCAAGAGCAAGAAUUCCUGCCCGUUUCACUCCGAACAUCUUUGUGUCUGAAUCACUUUGAGUCUGGGCUCAUGUUUUGAGCAGCUCUCGUGUUCAGUUAAUCAACUGCUGCUCAAUUUGAACCGGUGUUCGGAAGAUCAGAGAUUUAAUGUGUUCUAGUGUUCUGUGCAUAUUACAAACAUGGUAGGAGUGUAGGCCCUUCCUCGGGGGAGUUAUCGGGACAAUUAAGUAUCCGGUGUUUGAGAAAGUGCAGUUGUUGUGCAAUGCUUCAAGUACUCCUGGAAGGCUCAGCUGCAAUAAUCUCCAAUACCUGUUCCUCUAGGUCUGGAAACCGAGCACCUUUAGAUUGCCACUCGUCUAGUGUGUAGCUCUUUACUGGUGUUUUUGUAUAUAAAAUCCAACAGCUGACUCAAAAUGAGCACCAAAAGCAAAUCGGCAGAGAAAAACGGGUUUGCCAAGAGUAAAGAACCAUCAGUUUGGAUCAGGGCUGUAUCUGCCAGCUCGCAAUGGCCGGAUAAAGAAGAAUUCCUAGAUGUAAUCUACUGGAUAAGGCAAGUUUUGGGCAUAAUCCUUGGAGUGGGAUGGGGCGUUAUUCCUCUCAAAGGUUUCCUUGGACUGGCAUUGUUUGUUCUGAUCAACGCCGGGCUCCUCUACUUCUACUUCAGUAGUUUUCAAAGCAUAGAUGAAGAGGAAUUUGGAGGGGCUUGGGAACUGACCAAGGAAGGGUUCAUUACUUCGUUUGCAGGAUUUUUGGUAACAUGGAUAAUCAUUUACACUGGGCUCUACUACGAGUUGAAUGAGACUUUAUGAUAUUGGGAGUCGUUGGGUGCAUUUUAUCUGGGCAUAUUGUUCAUGGAUCGAUUCAAGGACUACAGGAUGAUUUGCUCUAAUAAUAAGAAGCAUCUUUUUGAAAGUACUACUGCAACAAAGCACUAAUUUUUGCAGUCGGGUUUUCCCAUUUUCAUCAAUCAUUCCCCAUUGUACACAAUUUUUUGUUAAAUAAAUUAUACAUGUUUCUUUAAUCACUCACUUGGUCGGUGUGUUAUGUCACUAACUAUCCUCAAAGGGGGAAAUAAAAAAACUAGCAGUA